UAGCACGGUCGAGCUUCAUGGGUAUCGAGCACGAUCCGCUCCCUUCUAUAUUCAAUUAUAGUCUGUCACAUUGGUCUGUGAAUUAGUUCCUCUGUGCUCAAGGGCUGACCCAGUACAUUAGAAAGACUUCUGCAGAAAUCAAUCAAGGAGAGAGAUGAUCAUGUCCGCUAGAGACGUCGCAGACAGUUCUUGUUUUGGCAAGCUGUUCGUUUCAUUCUCUUUCCCCUGGCCAAAAUGGGCUUCAGUCAAACCAGACUUGAAAGGUUCUUUGCAGAUCCAGGCCCAGACUUCACGCCUCCCAGUCCUCCUCUCUCUCAUCUCCCUCUCUGUCUCUGCUCAAUGCUGGAAGUUUGCGACUGUGGAGGUCGAAAAACCAACCUUCUACCGUUUCGCAUAGCGGUUUUGCGGUUGUUCUUGGUGCAUCCCAGUAAUCAAUGGCUGCUAAUUCGUCGCUACUGUUGCGCAAAACCCUGAAAUCGGUUCUAAAUCCUUCCAUCUUGGCGUCUCUGACCUCCCAUCCCCGGCGGCUCAGCUCCGUCGUCACCGCCCAAACCCAACCCGACGGCCCGUCUUCCUCCUUCACGUUCUCCGCCGACGGCGACAAGGCCGACGACAGAAUAUACGUCAAGGCUCCGAGCCCGAAGCCGGCGUCCGCCUCCGACCCUUCUUCGGUGACGAUGCCCAUGGCGUUCAUGACGGGGUCCAUCGUGGGGAAGCGAUUCUACAAGCAGGUGACGGCGAGGGAGGCCGACGAUGGGAACGGCUGGACCGUGAUGCUCGAUUACAGGACCCUGAAGACGCCUGCCAAGAGGCCUCUCAAGCUCCCAACUCUCGCUCUCGCCAAGGCCAUUGCUGCUGAGUGGGAAUAUCAGCAAACAGAUGGGAUAAGGCCUUUCACGAUGCCUCUGAUGAAACUCGCUUGCACGGCGCUGGAGAGAGUUCCGCUUACUCGGCCGAAGAUCGUUCAACACCUGAUGAAGAAAUUCAGUCAAGACCUGGUCUUCUGCCGGGCGCCGGAGGACAAUGUCUUGACGAGUGAUGUUCACGAUAGGCAGGUGGAGAAGAUUGAUCCUUUGCUGGAUUGGUUGAAGUCAGAAUUUGGAUUUAAGCCUGUUCUGUACUCGAGCUUUUUCGGUGGCAAGCAGGAUGAGGGAUUGGUGAAGGCCAUAGAGAACCUUUUGAAGAACACUGAUGAUUGUGAACUGGCGGCGAUUGAUGCGAUGGCUGCAGCAGCACACUCUUUGGUUAUUGCUCUUGGAAUUUUUCGUGGAAGGUUGCAGAUUGAGGAAGCUAUUGAGUUAAUCAGACUUGAAGAAGACUUCCAGGUGGACAGGUGGGGUCUAGUGGAAGGCGGUCAUGAUGUCGAUAUUGCCGAUCUCAAGGUGCAGAUAUCAUCUGCAGCUGUUUUUCUUGCACUCUCAAGAAGGAUUUAGUUUUAGUGCUCCCUCUCAGAUUUCCUUAUAACUCUGUGGUGUGAAGCGCAGCAUUCAUGGCUGUAGUUUUUAAUAGCACUUGUUCCUUUUAUACGUCUAUGGGCAGCCAAACAAUUUGUAGAAAUAAAAUUUUCUGCUUGGUUUACAUAAUGAGAUCUCGAACUAAUAU